AUGGAAUGCAAGGCAGACGUGUGCGGGCGACCUCUGUCGUCUUUGCACAAUUCUCUAUUCUCAACUAUCGAAAGUGGUCUAUUCCGAGAUCAAGACAACCUCGCUGUCGUAUCUCGAGAACAGCCUCACGAUCAUUUGUCAGAAGUUGUGCGCACGUAUCAACACUCGUCUGACACAGAGGAAACAAGAGGCGGCUGUUUACGAUGGACCUAUCGCCAAUACAACGGUCUUUUCAUCUCCCUGGCCGAAGGACUAUCCCAAAGGAUCCCACACCCGGGCUCAAGAAUUGUCACCUUGAUACCCAAUUCUGUGGAAUGGCUUCUUCUGCUUUCAGCAUCCAUCAUUUCCAAGAACGCCAUUGCUUGCUUAGACGCCAAUAUGCUCAACAAGCCUCGCCAUGCUGAGCUCAAGAGCAAGAUCAUAGACUUGCAGCCUUCCGUCAUUGUAGUUGAAGAUGCUGAAGGAGUGGCUGCGGCAGAACAAGCGCUGGAACUCCUCGAUCUUCAAAACCUCGUCAAAGUUUCGCUCAAUGACAAACCCAUAUCUUCGAACUCUGGCUCUUGGCUGCCUUUUGCAGACUUGUGUUCACCAAUCAACGAUCAAGUGGCUUCGGCAAGGAUCGAAGAUGCGCGACAUGAUGAUCCGGAUCGUGAUGCUCUGAUCGUCUACACGAGCGGUACCUCGAGCGGUGCACCUAAAGGCUGCAUCAGACCCGUUCGCGACUUGGCCACAUACACCGCAGUGCAGACUUGGAAGCUUCCCAGCGACACAGGAGGUAAGAGAGCUUUACAGACUGCCAACUUCCGGGUGAUCGCACCUGGAUGUGCGCUCAAAGCUUGGUAUGAUGGCGCCGCUAUCAUAUUGACAGGCCGCGUCUUCGAUCCCCUGAAAUUCCUCGACGCUAUGGAAGGGGAAGGAAUGACUGAGAUUGUUCUUCUGCCGGCCCAGCUACACGCGAUCGCUGCAACGCCUGGGUUUGAGCUUCGAGACAAAAGCGCAGUAAGGCUCAUGAUGUCGGGCGGGGACAUAGUGACAUCCUCACACAUCCAAGAAUUUAAACGGCUCUUCCCAAAAGCAGCUUUUAUGACCACGCACGGGAUGAGCGAAGUAGGGGGCAUUUUCUCCUGGCCUUACUCGGAUGGCAUCGAGUCGAUCCCUUUCUAUUCCGGUAUCUCGCCUCUCGGUCGACCUUCUCCAGGAUCUCGAGUACGCCUGGUGUCGGACGAUGGAAAGGUUGUUCAGAGAGGCGAAUUUGGCGAGCUUCAUAUCCAAUCCGACUCGAUCUUCAAGUCUUAUCUGGCAGCACCAGAGAAGAUGGAUGUAGUGUACACUGAUCAGGAUGGCAGGUGGUUCAAGACCGGUGAUCUCGGGAUGAUCAGCGAUGCUGGAGAUGUGUACAUUGUUGGUCGUCUCAAGGAUGUGGUUAAACGAGCAGCAAUCUCCAUCGCGCCUGCCGCAAUAGAAUCUUGUUUGGAGGCUUAUACCGGAUCACAGACAGCUGUCGUGGGUAGGCCUCAUCCCUCUCUUGGACAGGAGCCAUUUGCGAUCCUGCGGAGUUUUAACGGCAAAUCUGAAUCUGAUCUGAAAGCUCAUGUCAUCGCGACAUACGGCCCGGACUGGGUUCUUGGAGGGGCAAUAGAGCUCAAGACACUGGGCCUAGAAAGUUUCCCCUUGAAUCUUACGGGUAAGGUACAAAAGUUGGACAUGUUGGCGGCAUUGGCCGAGUCACCGGCAGUCGCAUCAUAA